UCGAUUCUCUGGGUAGCAAGAGGAAAGCAAGGUAGAGCUAGGCUGAGACAGAAACAGUACUCUCACAGCAGAGCACAGAGUAAUUAGACUCGUACAGUAUCUUCCCUUAACAGGGAUGUUUUUAAAACGGGAUUUGUAGUGUUCUUCCCCUUCCAUCAGUUCUAAUGAAUGACAGCCUAGAUAAAAUAUCACACACUCUCCUCAGCACGAUGGACUGUUGAGCAACCCGGCAGAUCUAGUAUAUGCACAUGCUGUGUACUGUAUUGUCAGAAUGGAGCUGUUUCAAGCCAAAGAUCAUUAUAUCCUACAAAGCGGGGAUAAGGCUUUGUGGUGUAGCAGAAAAGAUGGAACUAUGGAAGUCAGACCUGCAACAGACCUGCUGCUGGCUUGGAACCCCAUCUGCCUGGGCCUGGUGGAGGGAGUCAUUGGAAAGAUUCAGCUUCACACAGACCUCCCCCUAGGCCUUAUCCUAAUCCGUCAGAGAGCUUUGGUUGGCAAGCUCCCCGGUGACCAUGAAGUGUACAAAAUAACCAAGAUUGCCGUGAUCCCUCUCUCUGAUGAUGAGCCUCAGGACUUGGAAUUGGAGGUUUUACCUGGAAUAUCCUUGUACAGCCAGCGUGUGGCUGUGGAGGAACCACAGGACACAAUGUUGCUAUGUAAGAAGCAUCAUUUUGGGAUCAACAAACCGGAGAAGAUAACUCAGUCACCAGAUGAGUCGAAAUUCCUGUUGAAGACCUUCAGUCAGAUAAAGUCCAAUGUUGGCGUGCCCAUGAAGAAAAAGAUAAAAGAAAACAAAGAAAAAGAGCGUCUGGAGCGACGAUUACUGGAUGAGUUGUUCAAAAUAUUCAUGGACUCUGACUCCUUUUACUACAGUCUGACCUAUGACCUCACUAACACUGUCCAGAGGCAGGGCGACUGUGACAACUCCAGCUUGCCACUUUGGCAGCGGGUGGAUGACAGGUUCUUCUGGAACAAGCAUAUGAUUCAGGACCUCAUAGAUUUAAAGGCAGACGUCUGGGUGCUGCCCAUCAUCCAGGGCUUCGUGGAGGUGGAGGAGCUGGUGGUGAACUACAGUGAGGGCUCAGAUGAAGAGAAGAGCAGCCCUGAGACGCCCCCUCAGGAGGUCACCUGCGUGGAUGACAUUCACCCUCACUUCACUGUAGCCCUGAUCUCACGGAGAAGCCGGCACCGGGCAGGGAUGAGGUAUAAACGGAGAGGUGUGGACAAGAGUGGACAUGUAGCGAAUUACGUCGAAACGGAGCAGCUGAUCCAUGUGCACAACCACACUCUGUCCUUCGUCCAGACAAGGGGCUCUGUCCCGGUCUUCUGGAGUCAGGUGGGGUACCGCUACAAUCCUCGGCCUCGACUGGAUAAGGGUGAAAAAGAGACAGCUCCUCUCUUUGCCGCUCAUUUUGAGGAGCAACUGAGGAUUUACAAGAAGCAGGUUAUCAUUAAUUUAGUGGAUCAAACAGGAAGGGAGAAGCUGAUUGGAGAUGCAUACCUCAAGCAAGUUCUGCUUUACAACAAUCCCAACCUGACCUAUGUGUCUUUUGAUUUCCAUGAGCACUGCCGGGGGAUGAAGUUUGAAAAUGUCCAGACUCUUACAGAUGCCAUCAGUGACAUCAUAACUGACAUGAAAUGGGGCUGGGUGGACCAGGCUGGAGUGAUCUGUAAACAGGAAGGCAUUUUCAGAGUGAACUGCAUGGACUGCCUGGACCGGACCAAUGUGGUACAAGCAGCUAUUGCCCGCAUAGUCAUGGAGCAGCAGCUGAAGAAGCUGGGGGUGAUGCCUCCUGAGCAGCCGCUGCCUCUGAAGUGUUACAGGAUCUACCAGAUCAUGUGGGCCAACAAUGGAGACACCAUCAGCCGACAGUAUGCAGGCACCGCGGCCUUGAAGGGGGAUUUUACCAGAACAGGGGAGAGAAAACUGGCUGGUGUGAUGAAAGAUGGGGUCAACUCUGCCAACCGGUACUAUCUGAAUCGCUUUCGAGAUGCCUACAGGCAAGCUGUUAUCGAUCUAAUGAUGGGCAUACCCGUGACGGAGGACCUGUAUUCCAUCUUCACCAAGGAGAAGGAGCACGAGGCUUUGCAGAAGGAGAGCCAGCGCAGCCAGCAGGAGCAGGUCAGCCUGCUGCUGCAGACCUACAUGCAGCUGCUCCUGCCGGACGAGGAGAAGUUUCAUGGGGGCUGGGCGUUGAUCGACUGUGACCCCAGCCUAAUUGAUGCCACCCAGAAGGAUGUUGAUGUUCUACUCCUCCUUUCAAACUGUGCCUACUAUGUAGCCUACUAUGAUGAUGAAGCUGACAAAGUGAACCAAUAUCAGCGACUUAGCCUGGAAGGCUUGGAGAAAAUAGAAAUAGGUCCUGAACCAACGCUCUUCGGAAAACCCAAGUUCUGCUGCAUGAGGCUUCACUAUAGGAACCAGGAGACAAGUGGAUAUUUUCACACAUUGAGAGCAGUGACACGAAAUCCAGAAGAUGAUGGCAAAGAUACUUUGCAGUGCAUUGCUGAGAUGCUACGCAUCACAAAACAGGCCAUGGGCUUGGACUUACAGGUGGUGGAGAAGAAGCUGGAGAGAAAGCACAGUAAGCCCCAUGAGGACAUACUUGGAAUCCGUACAAAGAACCAGAGUCAAGUCCUGGGCAGCACUGGUCUGGCUCAGGGCAAGAACUUCCUCAUGAACAAGUUCUCCUCCCUAAACCAGAAAGUAAAGCAAACCAAAUCCAAUGUGAACAUUGGGAACUUCAGACCCUUAGGAAAACUGGGCACUUUCUCUAAACCUGAUGUGAAAGUCAAUUUCCUGAAGCCUAACAUGAAGGUGAACCUGUGGAAAUCUGACAGCAGCUUGGAGACGUCAGACAGCAAUCCUGGGAUUGGAAACAUCAAGGAUCACACUGACCGAUCAGAUCAGGAGAUCUCCUCGGACACAGACUCCUGCCACUCAGACAAUGAAUUCUUCACUGGCUCCAAGGCUGAGGCGGACCACCAGCGAGCUAAUUCCUUGGAAGAUGUAGAUUAUGUUCUGCCUAGCUGUGGCAUUGUGGCCACUGCCCCGCGCCUAGGAAGUCGCUCUCAGUCAAUUAAUAGUGUGGAUAUCAGCAUUCCCAGCAUCCCUUCUGUCAUCCGGGUCACCAACUGUGACAGCAAGCCAGAGAACGAGGCUGAAAGCAACAAGAAAAACUCAGAGGAAAUUCCAGAUUCUGAGGAUCCUGUACUGAUUGACUUUGGCACUCCCAUUGAUGCCUACUGCCACCAGUUUGUCCAGGAUGCACAAAUCAAAAGCCAGGGGCCACCUGAGGAAGAGCCUAGUUUCCAACAGCAGAAUCAGGACAGGGGCCCUAGCACUAUCUCUCCUUCAAACAAGGAAGGGAAAUUAGACGCUAAUGAUCAGCAGCCCUCCAGACCAUCCAAGCUGGAUGUGCUGUCUUCUACUUCAGAUGGAAGCCUCCUUGCUGUCCAAGCGCCAGUUUCUGCAGCUUCGUCCUCUUCACAGAAGAGCUUGGGGUCUCAGCUGGAGGUGAAUACAGGCCCUUCCCCAGCAGAUGGCAGUGGCAGUCGAGUGGUGUCUCCCUUUGCCAAGAUCAAGAGUUCCAUGGUCCAGGUGGCCAGCUUGACUCAAGCUGGACUGACCCAAGGGAUCAACUUUGCAGUGGCAAAGGUUCAAAAGAGCCCUGAGCCUGAGGCCAUCGAUGAAACCCAGCAAAAAGAACUUAAAGCAAUGUUUACACAGUGCCAGACAAGAAUCAUCCAGAUUUAGUCCUCUUGUUUUGGCUUGCUGUAGAUUCUCUCUGUGGCUUGUUGUUAGGCAUCAGUAGAAAUAAGCUUUGCACAAUGAGAAGCUGUCAUGGAAGACUGACACAACCUGUAGCUAAGAAUCAUGCUUCCAAAUACUGUUUUUUAACUAAUGUUUACAGCAUUUUGUAGCACAGAAUAUCGAUAGGAGUGGCUGUGCUCUUUAUCCCCAUAAAUUAUCUUCAUAGACUGAUAUUUCAUCAGAUUUACAAUGAACUACAAGGAACUUUUGGAAGGAAUGGCACAAAGUCAAAGCAAAUUAAGUUUUGUGUGGCUAGAUUAGUAAAAAAUGAGCCUUUCUAAUUUGAAGUCAUAAUUAUACAAUCAAUGCUCAUUCAUAUUUUUAGCUGAUAAGAAUUAAUGCUGUUUCACCAUAGUGACAGACUUCAAAUUAUUUAUUUCCUGGGAUACCCAGGUCUUUUUGGAUAGUGCAGACUUUAGACUUGCCUCCCUGGCCUUGUGGUGAAUACUGAUUUUCAAAGUGAAAAACAAGAAAGCAAUAAAGCAGUGCAAAUUGUAGGAUUUUGUUUUAUUCUGUAGAUAAU